GCCUGACCUUAACCUCACAUAAGCGCUGCGCUUCAAAAAAGCCCCGUGCAUCCAGGGACAUUCAGAUGGAAGCUGAAGAAUAGGGUGAUGGAGAUGUGUAUUAUGAAACUGGAAAGAAGCUACGACAGCGUCCAUAUCUGUUCUCAGCGGUUUUUUCCAACUCUGCAGAUUGCCCCAGUGUUUCCACUACAGUCUCCUCUUGUUCCAGGACCGGUUCCAGGAUCCCACGCUGCAUUUUGCCCUCACAUCGUCUUUGUCUCCUCCAAUCCAUGACAGUCUCUCCGUCUUCCCUUGUGUUUCAUGUCCUGGAAGCAGGUCACUAAGUCCAGCCCAGACUCAGGAAGGGGACUUAGGCUGCACGUCCUGGAGACAAUAGUAUCAAGAAUGUGUGGUCCUGAGGUCAUAAUGAGUAAAUUUGGGGCAAGAUGCGUGGAGCCUGUGCAGAUGUCCUGUGCAGCCCUACAGUGUUCAUCAGUGGAUAUGUCAUCCUUUUUUAGUGUGAAUAUCACAAGUGGGUUGUUUGGUGUAACCAGUGAAUUGAGAGCAGGGAUUGGGAAGCCUUCGUGUUGCCGAGGCCCCUGACGUGGGCACUUUUUGGCCCAUCCCUGUGGCUUUGGCCUUACUGAUGUGUUGACUUCUUCACUUCUAAUGGUCCUGUUUGUCAAGGGUCCUGGCAGUUACAGCUUUAUUGUAAAUCCACCUGCUACUUAUUGUCACGUUUCCCUUUUCCUGGUUUGAUUUGUUUCACUGAGUUCUCCUUUCUCUAAUGUCAAUAUAUGAAGCCCUUCGUGUCAGUCAGGAUGGGCUUGGUCACAAUGCGAUGACAAACACAACUGUUUCCCUCCUGCACACACUGACGUCGCGAUCCGUGGGGGCCUCUGCUCGGUGUGGCCUCUCAGUCCCUGCCUGAUGCAACUUUGUCCUGCAGGGCUUCUGCUAUCAGCACAGGCCCACUUGCUGCUCUUAACACUUGUGCCCAGACAUGGCACAUUUUUUCCCAGCACGGAUGGUGGGAGGGUGCCAGGCGGGCUCCUCUCACUCACAGGAGGGCCUUUGUGCAAAGCAGAAAAAGUGAGGAGAAGCAUCUUCCCACAGGCAGGGCUGGGAAAGGAGAGGGUGUCCUUCCCUCAGACUAGGGGAUCAGGGGCUGGGUGACACCCGUGUCCCCGCAGCUGGGUGCUGCCCAGCCCGGCACAGUGGCCCUGGUUCUGAGCACACCCUGCUUCUGCCACGAGGUGAGGCCAGCUGGACUUCCUUCCUCUGAGUCCCACAGCUGGCUUUUCAUGAGUGUCCUGUUCUCCCAGGUCCUGGCAGCAGGCCGUGGGACAGCUUGGUCUUCUUUAUGCCUGCAUGGGUAUUUUCACAAGAAGGUGGGGCUGCUGGCAAGACUGCGUUUCAAAAUGUUCUUGAAGUAGGCGCCACACCUGCCUGUUAACUUUUCCAGGAUCUGGGGAAAGAACUUGCUCAUCUUUUGAUGUUCUGAAAUAAUGAACAUAGCUUCAGACGAUGGCAGUGUCUAAAUCUAAAACAGAGACAGUGUGUAAGUGCACCGUUCUUUUUGUUCUGCUUUCUUUAUUUGGGAUCUAAUAUUUCGCUCAUUUUGUUCAUGUGCUAAAGUUGUGUCUCAGUGACUCGAUGCUCCUCAGCCAGCUGGGGAUCGAGGCAUGCCUGGGUCAAGCGUGGCACUUGUAUUUUAAGAAUGCAGGAGACUAGAAAUAACCACGGCUCCCAACCGUGUUUUCCCAGCAACUGUUGAUUCUUUCCUGACACCCUAAUGCUGCUCUUUCCCUAUUUUCGGGAUUGUUCUUUUCUGAAAUUAUGUGGCAGCACAUCAAAGAUGGGUUGUUGUACAAGUGUCCAGAGGCAUCGUCGUAAUCAGGUGUGACAGAUGCCUUCAGUCCAGAUCCUUGUUCUAUGAACUUGGGCAAGUCACGUAACCUCAACUUUUCCUUGCCUCUCUUGCCUUCCUGGGAUGAGCAACUGAAACUGUUUUUCUAGAAACUAUCCCUCACCAGUCCCCAGCCCAGCCCAUGCAGUCUAGACCUGGGAAGGAAACUGGAGCCUGAAUCACCGUGUGGAGAGGGUCCCCGUCAAAGCAGGAAGUGAUGACAGGGAGGGAGGAAAAAGCACUGAAAUCAAGUGGCUUAAUACGUUUUUACCUCAUUUCCUCAAGGUCCCAAAAGACUCACCUCUUUUCAGGAUUUCUUUCUCUCUUUCAUUUCUGGGUGUGCUACUGCAGUGACAAGUGUCAGUCCCCUUAUUCUUGCUGCCUUGAUGGAAGUCUCAGCUAGACAUGACUGACAGCGAAGAGGAGCUGAGAGGCGGAGGCCAGGCUUGCGGCGAAGCGGGCGGCCCGCGCCGAGGCCCGUGAGAUCCGGAUGAAGGAGCUGGAGCGGCAGCAGAAGGAGAUCUAUCAGGUUCAAAAGAAAUAUUAUGGGCUGGAUACAAAAUGGGGUGACAUCGAGCAGUGGAUGGAAGACAGUGAGCGCUACUCUCGUAGAUCCAGAAGAAACACGUCGGCUUCUGAGGAAGACGAGCGCAUGUCAGUGGGUAGUCGUGGAAGUCUGAGGUCGCAGCCUGACCUGGAGUACAGGGGUCCCUACGCCUGGACAAAUGGUUAUGAUGGAGAAUUAUAUGGAUCACAGUCCCUGAGUAGAAGAUCUGGCAGGAACUCCAGCUACAGCGGCGAUGGCAGAGCCUCUUUUUCAUCAUCCAGGGAGGAGAAGUUGGGACUCUCCUGCUCCGACCUCGGGCCUCCCAGUGGUGGCCUUGCUGCCAGACCCCUGUCUGCCCAGAAUGGAAACCGGCCCUCCUACCUGUACAGCGCUGCCUGGUCUGCAGGGAGUCGCAGGGCAUCGGUGUUUGAUGAGAGCAGCCUUGGUGGGGCUCGGCGGGGCAGUGCCUGCGGUUCCCAUGCUCCGUCGGAGUACAGCGGCCAUCUCAACUCCAGCUCCCGCGCCUCCUCCAGGGCCAGCUCAGCCCGGGCCAGCCCAGUGGUUGAAGAGAGACCAGAAAAAGAUUUUACUGAGAAGGGGUCUCGCAACAUGCCCAGCUUGUCCGCAGCCACACUGGCCUCUCUGGGUGGGACUUCCUCUCGGAGAGGAAGCGGGGACACCUCCAUCUCCAUUGACACGGAGGCAUCCAUUAGGGAAAUUAAGGAACUCAAUGAGUUAAAGGACCAGAUUCAGGAUGUAGAAGGCAAAUACAUGCAGGGAUUGAAAGAGAUGAAGGACUCACUAGCAGAAGUUGAAGAGAAAUAUAAGAAGGCUAUGGUUUCCAACGCUCAGCUGGACAAUGAAAAGACAAACUUCAUGUACCAGGUUGAUACCCUAAAAGACAUGUUACUGGAGCUUGAAGAGCAACUGGCUGAAUCUAGGCGGCAGUAUGAAGAGAAAAACAAAGAAUUUGAAAGGGAAAAACAUGCCCACAGUAUACUGCAGUUUCAGUUUGCUGAAGUCAAAGAGGCCCUGAAGCAAAGAGAAGAAAUGCUUGAGGAAAUUCGACAGCUACAGCAGAAACAGGCGAGUUAUAUCAGGGAGAUUUCUGAUCUUCAGGAAACAAUAGAGUGGAAAGACAAAAAGAUAGGGGCAUUAGAGAGGCAGAAGGAGUUCUUUGAUUCCAUAAGGAGUGAACGAGAUGAUCUUAGAGAAGAAGUAGUCAUGCUGAAAGAGGAAUUGAAGAAACAUGGAAUAAUCCUAAAUUCAGAAAUAGCUACCAAUGGAGAGACUUCAGACACUCUUAAUAAUGUUGGAUACCAAGAAACUACCAAGAUGACGAAAGAAUUAAACACCUUCAGGUCGACCGGGGAUGGGACACUAGGAAGAGCCACUGAAGUGGAGGUGAAAAAUGAAAUUGUGGAGAAUGUGGGGAAAAAAGAAAUCUUGCAGAAUUCUGAGCAAGAACAGCACAAAGAGGACACAGUACAGGAGUGUGUGGACAUAGAGGUAUUACAUCCUGGUGAAAAUACCGAGGACCAGAAAUCGCGCGAAGACAACGCCCCAUCCCUAGGAACAUUAGCGAGUGCUGAAUAUGAGGAACAGGUUGAAAGCCGGACUCUAGAGCACACUUCUUUCCCUGCAAGUACAGAGCAGGUUGAGUCACAUGAGGUCGUAAACAUGCCAGAUGACAGGACUGGAGCCUCUCUUGAGCAGUCCAGCUGUCUGAGUGACUUAGAUAGUGAAGUCCCAGGUCCUGUGAGUGGGCAGGACAGUUGUAAUGCCUUGGAUUUCCAAAACCAAGGUAAAGAAUCUGUAGAAAAGCAGGAAAGAGAAAUACAAGAGGUUAGCCAAAAACCACAUCAGGAGUCUGUUCCUUUGCAAGUGUCUGAGGUUGAAAGGGUGAGCAGUACAGACACUGUGGGGCGAAGUGAAAACCAGACAGUGAAUGUGGAAGAGGCAGGAGCAGCUAAUGUCGGGCAUCAGUUGGGCACAGUGGCCUCAAGUCCCCCACAGUACAGCAGCGACACAGCAAGUCAUGAUGAAAAAUGUGUGGCAGAUGCCCCUAAAGAGUUGGACCCAAGCACAGGGCACAGUUUAGAGAACGAAAUCGCCAACCAGGAAGUAGCUGAGCCCAAGGAGGUCCCAAUUCAGAGUGCAGGAGCAGGUAGGGAGAACCGUGAAGGAGAACACGAAGAAUCAGGAGUGAGGGGUGAGAAGCCAGGCCCGGCAGAAGUCCAGACCUUUCCUGGUUGUCCAGCAGCCAAGAGCAGCCGCCAGGAGACAGCAGAUAUGAGGGCGGUAGAUAGCGAAAGCGAACCCGUAGAUAGGAAAGACCCUGACGAAGAAAAGUGCGACCAACAGGGAGAGGCAUUGGACUCGUCACAGAAGAAGACAAAGAGCAAGAAAAAGAAAAACAAGAAGAAAAAGUCACCAGCAGCUGUAGGAACCGUUAACGAUGUUAAGAAGGAGUUAACAUACCAGGACACAGAUUUAAGUGAAGUCAAGGAAGAACAGGUAAAAUGUCCUGACAGGAAACCAGCAGAGGAAGCACAAAGAGAGGGGACCAAAAAUCCAGAACAGGAAAUUGGAGCAGAAAGCGGUGAAAAUGUUAAUUGUCCAGAAAAUCCUAACGUUGAGCUGGAUAGAAAGCUUAACCAAGACGAUGAUGACAUAAAAACAAAGGUAGGGAAGGUAAUAACCAAUGGAGACACAUUAAGUUUUGAAGCUGACACAAUUCAGUCCUCAGGCACUAGUGCUAGUGAUAAAGAGUUAGAUGAACAUCUUGUAGAGGACGGUGCUAACAAAGAGGGUGCCACGCGAAGCAGCCCCCUAGAGCCAGAGGAUGAAGUGUACAGCAGCUCCCUGCUCGAUCACACAAGUCCCUCAAAGGACAUUGCUCAUGCCUCUCAAACAGAAAGCACAGAGAGGCCUGUGACGCCCGAACAUCCAAGUCAGGCAGUCAGGAAAGCUUUAGACAGCAUUAGUCUAGAGAACGAUGACUUGUCGGCAGCAGGAGAGGUGAAAGAGUCCAGCUCAGAAGGCAGAGAAGAUGCAGGCAGAGGGGACGGGCAGGGCAAAGGCAAAGAAGACUGCACCAUGUCCUAAACUGAGGCAGGCAGCAGAGUGUCAGGCCGGUCUUAGGGAGGAGCCGAGGGCUUCACACAGCAAGUCUGACCGGAAGAGACUGUCGUCCUUUAUGUCCUCUAGUGAUGUUCGUAAGAUGUUCUAAAUUGAUGUAGAUGCACCGAAUGACAAUCAGUCACCAAGUUAUCUGCUACUGUAAGUUACAGACUGGUACUUGUAGGUUUACGUUAAUCAUUGAGAGUAUCACCCAGAUUAGAAAGACAACAUGUGUUAUCACUAUAAGUUCUAAUUGGGAGCAUUCCAGUAGUAUCAACAAUAAUGUAUACUGUUUGUAGUCCAGCUUCAAGUAAAAAUGAAAAUAUUUAAACAUUUGCCUUAGGCUGAUAUGAAUGUGGAUAUCCUUGAUCAAAUAUAUCAGCUUCUAAUCUAAAUGACCAAAUAGCAUUCUUACAUUUCUGUAUUAUGAGUAUAGUUGAUAUUUAAAUUAAUGUCUCCUUCACAUAUAUGUAUUUUCAUAUUUGAUUUUAAUAUGUACAUUAUAACCUACAGGGUAUUUUAUUUAAAGAAGAUAAAUAGCCAAAUAGCAUAUAGGUCACUGAGUGGUAAGAUUUGCACCUUAGGAUAAUAAUUAAUCAUUUUUAGGACAACAAAUAAAUGUCUGAAAGCUCUGGGGAGAUCUUAUUUGCCUUUAUCUCAUAUGAGUAUUUUAUCUCAAACCAAUGCUUUUGGAUCUCGUUGUUGAUACCUGAAUUUACAUUGUAGGAGAUUUUUAUUUCACUUCAUGCUGGUAAUGUACCAAAUUCAUUUAUACACAGAUAUUUUUUUCUGGAAGUGACACGUUGAAAUUGCCUUUCCUACUGCAGUAUUUGGGUGGGGUCAGUCAUUAAAAAAAUGUUUUUAAUUUUAAAAUUCUCUUUCUGUUUGAAUGUCUGAUCAUUUUUCAAAAGAGCAAUGUAAAAGGUUACUUGUUUUUGUGCAAACUACUAAUUAGACAAUAAUAGGAUAUUUUAAAGAGCUGAAUCACUUUGGGUAUUUUGGUAUAAAUAUUUUAAUUUUUUGUUUCUCAGUAUAUUCUUAUUGGAAAAUUCUUGUUUUGAGCUGCCUGAAGGAAAUAUAUAUUUUUUUCUACAUAAAGAAGCAUUUUUAAAAAAAUAAUUGUAAGGUUAAAUUUAAAAAUUGUAAAAUAUAAAAUCACAGUGGAAUGUACAUUACGAAUGCUGUUGAAACUUUAUGAAAUCAUGUGAAUUCGUAUUACUGUUACAAGAUAUAAUUGAGUACAAAAGGACCAAAAACCUCGAUGAAAUUUGAGGCAAACAUAAGUGUUACUGUGUAAUUGAAAUAAAACAUAUCAUAAUUUUA